AAUAAAAAUACUAUUUAAUAAACAAUGGCUACAUUAAAUCUAUUAAAUUUAAAUGUCGAUACGCUGUUUGAACAGCACAGUGUGGGUGAAAUUGAUACAAUACACAAGAAGAUACAAGAGGUGGUCGAAAACAAAAGGGAGGAGUUGAGGACUAUGGUUGGAGAACGUUAUCGAGAUUUGCUAAAAGCUGCCGAUACCAUUACCUCCAUGCAAGACUCCACCAAGGCAUUGAUAGAACAAGUCGAAAAAAUAAGUGUUAAUUGUCAAAAUCUCAAUGAACAACAAUUGUUGGGUUUCAAGACCGAAACCGACAGUGCCGGUGAAUUGAAAUCUAAAAAUGCUAAUAAACAACUGAACAAUUAUUUCAGUACCAUGGUACAGAUCAAAUUGUUGACUUCUUUGCCCGAAAUGAUUUGGUCACAAAUUGAUCGUGAACAUUAUUAUGCUGCAACGGAAUUGUUUAUAUUUAGUCGUCACAUAAGUACGGGCCUUCAAUUGGAUUCGAGUAAUCCAAUAAUGCAAAAAUUACCCGUUGCCAAGAAACAAUGGGAAAUUUUGAAACCAUUUCACAUGACUAUUAAACAACAAAUUAUGGUUGCAUUGGAAAGGGAAAAUUUAGCACCGGAAUUAACUGCGGAUUGUCUAUUGGCAUUAUUACAAUUGGAUCGUUGUUCAUUGGAAAGUGCUCUGAAGGUGUUUCUUAAUUUACGGUCCUCGGCAUUUCUAAAUUGUCUAACCUCCGAGGGUGGUAGAGUGAAGGAACGUAUACUUGUUAGCUUAAGGGUCCUAAAUGAAAGUGUGGAUAUGGUCUCGAAGUGUUUUAUGGAAAAUGGAUUGUUGUUUAAAAAACUCCACGAACACUCGGAUCCAAGUGCACCACCCACCAUUGCACGCAUGGACAGUGAUGAUGUACAAUUUGCAUAUUUACUACCCGAUAUUAUAACCAAUUUUAAGCCGAAAUUUGAAACAAUCACAUUAAAAAAUGAAUCAGUGGCCCAGGCCGUAGAAACAUUUCUUGCCGAUACUCAACGAAUAGCAGAUAAGCAAUUGAAAGGCCUUUUCGAUUUUGUCUUAAAUAUGAAUACCAUACAGGAAAUUAAAACCGAAGCAAAUCACUUGAGAAAGCAAUUGAAUUUAUCAAACUUGGCAAAGCAAUAUAAUUUAACACAUUCCUUGGAUUUUUAUGAGCUACGUUAUGUUCCCUUGAUUAAUCAACGUAUACGUAAUAUCAUCAAUGAUAGUUGGUCUAAAGCAAUUCACGAAACAUUUGCAACAAUUGAAGGUACAUUACAACAAGAGGGGUUGAUGAAUAAAUCAAAUUACAGUCUGUGGCAAGAAUAUAGCACAGAUUUACCAAAUAGCUUAGAUCAAGCUUUAUCCGAAGAUAAGAAAACUAAAAAGCUGUUGAUGAAAUCAAAGGGUUAUGAUGAUAACAUAAUACAAAUGGCCACACAAUUUGAUAACAGCCUGUCAUCAAUAAUUAAAGAAAUGAAUGUGCUACUGGAAGAGCCCACAACAAAACAGGAAGAUAAACAGGAUUUGGUCGACUUCCUUAAAGAAACCGCGCAACGACAAAUUACAGAAUAUAUAACGAAAACAAAGCAAUUACGAUUGGAAUCGUCUCAACGUCAGCAACUAUUAUUUGUUAUUCGCUGUUGUUGUUCCUUAAUUGAGCUUUGUCCCCAUUUGAAGAAAUGUUUUUGUCAUUCAAGUUUAUGGCGUGAACAAUUGGGUGGUACUACGACUGCAGCCUCGGCCGCUUCCCAAGAACAUUGGCAACGUAUUUGUGGUUUAAUCGAAGAUGAAGUAUUUCAAUUGUGGCUAUGUCUUGUUCGUGGUGUAUUGGUGGAAUAUAAUAGUGAUCGUUAUUUAAUGGAAGUAAACUCGAAUGCGGUUAUUUUGGAAGAUUUUGCGCACUGGGAAAUAAUAACCUUGGAGCAAAAAGACGAACAAGAUAUGCCCACUCAAACAACAUUCCGUGUACCCACACAACCUCGCAUCUCCUUACAAUCAUAUUUCCACACGUUAAUAACAGCUCUAAAGAAAAUAGUGCCUGAAACUUUACCCAACAAAGUGCUGUUAACUUUAAAGAAAGUGUUAUUGGAAAAUCUCUUGCAACACUACAAAAAUCUUAUAGAAAAGACAAACAACACCACCACACCAAUGGGACAAAAUAUUGCCUUACAAAUGUAUUUUGAUUUGAAAUUUUUACAACACUCUUUCGAUUUAAGUCGGGAGCAGAAAGAUCAAUUUACAUCACUACAGGAUGCCUAUAGAGAUUUAAUUGAUCCUUUCGAUUUUGAAUUGUUAUCUACCCAGCUGGUGGCCAAUGUUAAGCGGGCCGUAACACGUUACAAUUGUAUACUGGGUGUACUAACAACAACGACAGCCACAAAUCAAAGCAAUAUUUCUGUGGCGAGUACUGUUAUUGUACCAGAAAAAGAUCCCAAUGUUUUAAGUUUGUGUUCAAGUGGUGCCACAACAUUGUGGUUCCCCCUGCUGCCAGUAGUUACCAAUACCAAUGUUGCAACAGCUGUGGAAACCAAGAAACUUGUCUUAACUUCGGAAAGUGAAAAGACCACACCAACACGUAAAGCUACCAGCUCAACAGCUCCAUCCUCGUCAAGAAAAAGCGAUACUAAGAGUAAAUCUGGAGCAGCAUCAUUCUUUGGUGCCAUGUCACAAGAAUGGUUCCGAUAGUC